CUUUGUUUUAUUAUUGGAUUCUCUUUUUCUCUCUGCCGCUCCGCCCUCAUCUCAUCUCUUUCCUCCGCAUUCUCUCUCUUUCUUCUUCCAAUAAUAAACUCACAUAUAUAGAUACAAACGAAGACGUAUGUCACUAUGUCUGUACAGAUGUUUGUAGAGGAGAGAAAUUUUAGCUUCAUUUGAAAGCAUUGGCAACUUAAUUUCAGACAUCUUCUCCGUCAUUUCUGGCGACAUAUUGAACCAUCACACUACCAACAGUAAGUUUGCACCAUCUUAUUUUAUUUUCUCGAGAAAAUCUAGUAGUACUACCAUGUUAUGAUAGAAAAUUUUUCUGUCGGCAACUUUCCCGGAAAACUCAGUUGUUAAUUACUACUACGUUCUAGUUUUGGCUUUGUUAUGUCACAGAUGCCAGAAAAAAUUGCAAAACCUCUAUCCCUAAAUUCAUGGAUUUUUUCCCCUUCUAAGUUCAUGAUUCAUUGGUGGUUUAAGAUACUAACACUUUCAAUUUUUAUUGGAAUAUUGGUUGUUUGGGGAUUCGAUAGUUGGAGUAUUAGUGGCUUGCACAAAGAUUUUUUUACUGUGAAACAAAUCACUCCUGUUAUUUUGACAGACAGCAAUGAACAUUUCAGUCCAUACACUGCCCCAGUUCAACCCAAUUUGACCUUCCACGAAAAACCUCAUCGGAAUCUGACCCACACCUUUCAAAAUCUGACUCAAACCCAUGAAAGUUUGAGUGAUCUCACGCUAAACCAACCCAACCUUACUAACUUUAGCUCUCAAAAUCAACUCAAUGUAACAAGUUUAAGUUCCCAAAUUUUAGAAAAUGUCACAAACCCCUCAGCUCCAACUACAUUGGGUUGGAUUUCAGCUGAAUUCGAGGCCAAUUUUUCGUCGAAACUCCUAGCGGGAUGGUUAGCUCCGGGUGGUGAGCCGUGUAAGGACUCAAAAACAGUGGAUAUUUCAAUUCCAAAAUUGGAUGGUCAAGAACAAAUCUACUUAUCAACUGGGGAUAUUCAUGAAUUUGUGUUCCAAGCAUUGGAUGAAUCAGGAAAACCUCACUGUCUGGGUGGUGAUUACUUCGAAACAGACCUCUCCGGCGAGUCAUGGAAGUCUCGGCCACCAAUCAAGGACUUCGGCAAUGGCACUUACUCUUUUUCCGUCCAAGUCCACCCCGAUUUCACUGGAAAUUACAACCUAACUGUAAUUCUAUUGUUUAGACACUUCGAGGGUCUAAAGUUCUCACCUGAGCGAUUUGCAUUCGACAAAAUUCUUCGUACCAUUCCCAUCAAUUUCUACAGAUCUUCAACUCAAGUACCGCAAUUAACACAAUGCCAUAAGUCUGAACUUAAUCGAGAUGUUUGGUCUGGUCGAUGGACUCGACAUGGCAAAAAUGAGAGUUGUGAAAUCAGCAAUGACGGUCGAUAUCGGUGCUUCAAAUCGACCUUACCCUGUCAGCAUCCGUGGUGUGAUGGUUCUCUGGGGUUGCUUGAGAGUAAUGGGUGGACCUAUUCGACGCAUUGCUCAUUCAAAAUUUUCUCGAGCAAGAAAGCUUGGAAUUGCUUGAACAAUCGUUGGAUUUUCUUUUGGGGAGAUUCGAAUCACUGUGAUACUAUUCGUAACAUCAUCCAUUUCAUUUUGAAUGUGCCUGAAAUCAAAACCGUCCCGAGAUGGUUUGACAUGAACAUCACAAACCCGAAACAACCCUCUCAAACAGUUCGAAUCACCAGCAUUUUCAACGGUCACUCCAUUCAAACGGGAAACUAUCAGGGCUUGAAUUCGCUCAAGAAUGAGACGUACAGAGAGAUUUUGAAAGAGUACUUUUCACAUGACAAUGUGCCUGACACUUUGGUCAUGAAUUCGGGUUUACAUGACGGAGUGUUUUGGUCUAAUCUUAGGAGGUUCAAUAAGGGGGCGGAGCAGGCGGCAGAGUUCUGGGCGGAGGUGAUGGAGUCGGUGAGGCGGAGAGGGCUGGUGGCGCCGGAAGUUUUAUACAGAACCACAGUGGCGACGGGUGGUUAUGCGCGAAGAUUGGCCUUUAAUCCCCACAAAAUGGAGGCGUUUAAUGGGGUGUUUUUGGAGAAGUUGAAGCAAUUUGGGGUUGUCAAUAGGGUGAUUGAUCACUUCGACAUGACAUUUCCGUGGCACUUCGACAACCGAUGCAAUGACGGCGUGCACUACGGCCGAGCGCCGGCGAAGAUGAAAUGGAGGGACGGCGAGAUUGGGCACCAGUACUUUGUGGACCUCAUGCUGGGUCACGUGCUGCUCAACGCUCUCUGCGCAAGAUAGCGAGUCACUGGGAGUGUUGCUAAAAUGCAGAGUGGGAUACAGAUUCUUCUUGUGUCACCAAGGCUGGCAGUUGUCAGUAGACUCAAUUUUUGUUGGCUUUUGGUGCAUUGGAGGUGGAAUAAUCAGAUUUUGGCAAAGGGUAAAGAGAGAGGUGGUUCUUUGGAGGCAUAAUUAUAAGGUAGUGGGGUCUUAUAAUCUAUUUGUAUCUAAAUCUAGAGAGUUUGGUACAUGUGUUUUUUGUUGAAUUGUUUGCAUCACUAAGUAGAUUUCAACCACUAGAUCUAUACAAAGAUGGUUGUUGCUUUUGCAUUACAUAUAAUUCAUUAUUCUUUAUUUGUUAGUUUGAUGUGAUGAUGUUCACAUUUUAUGAUUAGGAUUUUGCAUGCUCUGUAUUUGAAGUGGAAUGAUGUUUUAAUCGAGUUAAAAUUGCCGUGUA